GCUGCUCACGGGAGGACUACAUGGAGAGGCUUACACAAUGUACGGUAUAAUUGCCAUCUUGGUCGCGACAGGAAUAUUGUCUUGGAGUUCUGCAGACAACCCGUGUGUCGGGGACAGACUGGGAAACUAUUGGUUCGGACCUUCCUGCAGGUUCCAGUGCCACUGUUACGACAGAAGGCAAUGCGAGUCCACAACAGGAAGCUGCUCUUCCUUGGGAUGUGAGAGGGGAUACUUUGGUCCCGGCUGCCAGUACUUCUCCAUUGCCUACGAACAACCAACAAUACAUUCCAGUACUAAGUCGACGUCAACCACUGCUGUAGACGGUUUCACCUCCACCUUCUCGUUCACACGAUCCACCCUGGACCCAAAAUGGAGCGUGGAGUUACAACACCCUGCCUGGAUAGUCUGGGUGGACGUCAAUGUGCAAGCGAAUUACGGAACGCGGGAAAUAGCAAUGGCAACAAGAAACAAAGACACGGUCGUGCCGUGUAACGCUACGAACACUUGGAUCACGUCUACAACGUUGAGAAUCACGUGCAAGAACGUCGUCAACGCCACCAACAUCACACUUGUCGGUACAGAGUCAACGGAGUCCAGACUGGCUUUGGGAAGUACAAGUUUACGGAGGCAGAAACAUCGCACUACGGGGAGACACAUCACAGUCUUCAGUGUUUAACAUGUAUAAUUCAUCUCUUGCGGUGGACGCCGGCACUUCCGCCAAAUUUGAAGAUAAAUCAUGUACUCACACGGCAGUUACAUCGUGUUCGAAACUGGGACAACAGAUCCCAACUGGAUUCUCCGGCUUGGACAGGACUACCAGAUAUACAGGGUAGAUGUGUACAAUAGGGAUGAACCAUAUGAUGUGCGACUCAAAGAUUUUCGCAUCCGUUUGGGAAAAGCAGGCAUAAGUGGAUUGGAACAGGUCUACCAAGAUGGAUCAGAUACACCACCGGAAGUGACGUCAGUACAGAUGCCAGCCAAUCAAACGGCCAACAGACUGGAGGUGACCAUGAUAGGAGACUGCAAGAUAUUGACGCUGUGUGAGGUGCAGGUGUUUGGUGACUGUCUCGACUACAAAUAUGGCUUAGACUGCAACUUCACCUGCCGUUGUCGUGACCGAGCGGAAGUGUGCAACAAGGUCGACGGAAGUUGCGUGUCAGGCUGUGCAGAUGGCUUUACUGGAGUUGACUGUAAACAAGAGUGCCCAGAAGGACGCUACGGCUUCAACUGCACGAACACCUGCAGUAGCAACUGUGUCGACGCUCACUGUCAUCACGUGGAUGGCACGUGCAAGUGUGUUCCCGGAUGGAUGGGAGAUAGAUGUACAACGGUCUGCGACCAGGGUACCUAUGGACACGAAUGCAGUAACAAAUGCUCCACGUGCAGAGACUCCAUCUGUCACCCUGGCAACGGCACGUGCAUCAUGGGAUGUCAGCAUGGUUGGGCCGGAAGUCGGUGUGAUACAGAGUGUCCCCCUGGCAGCUAUGGACAAGAUUGUGGGAUGCAUUGCAGCAACAACUGUGUCGGGAGCCUUUGUGAUCACGUGAACGGCAUGUGCACGUGCAUACUGGGAUGGAAGGGAGAUAAAUGCGAUAGACUGGAUGCAGACCCGUCACGAUCAAGCGUAAAUCCCAUAGUGUCAGGACUAGCUGGAUCGGGAUUAACGGCCGUGGUAGCAGUCGUUGUGGCAGCAAUUUUCCUCCUGGCCCGUAGACAUCGACGACGAAGACAGAGAACCCAGGAGCAGGUUAUAUAUCAUGAUAUCAUUGAUGAUAUUCAUCCGGGUGUGCCCGGAAGUCAAGUUAAUCAGAGCGAGUCACGUGAGCAUUAUGACGUUCUUGAUGUUACAUCACGUGAUCCAGACGAUGAGCUUGGAAAACCCUACACGGCCCUGAAUGCAAUACCGCAACAACGUGAAAGAAAGUCACUUGAGGAUUAUGACGUUCUUGACGUCACAUCACGUGACCCAGAGGAGGGAAUUGAAAGAACCUACACGGAACUAACUACCAACACGCCAUAUCAAAACAUUCCGAUAUCUGGAAGAGAUCAAUCUUGUUAAAAAUAUUCAUAUCUGAUUUCCAUAUGUCGGGUUGAUAAGCUGUCUAGUUAAUAAACCUGAACAGAUUGAAUCUAAUGUACAGUAGCCAGAAAUAAGUCUUCCAAAUCAUUCCAUUUCGAAGAGAAUAUGAACCAUGUGGAAAGUCCAAUGUUCCUUUAUUUUGAUGAUUGUACGUGAUCUAGAAAAUCUAAUGGAACUUUUGAAAACUGUAGGGUCGAGUGUAAGCGACCUCACGCUUUCUGACCUUUCCUGAUAGAAUUUUGAGUAGAGGCGUAUAUAACCAAGACCUUGAUUUGUUGAAGGAGAAAUUCAUCCAUGAACAUUUGAACAUCUUUAUGUGCAUGGUUUUCUUUAUUUAUACCCCAUCUAGAAAUCCCGUGGUUUUGUGGUGGACCAACAGAUUGUACCCAUGUAGAAAUCCCGAGGUUUGUGGUGGACCAACAGAUUGUACCCAUGUAGAAAUCCCGUGGUUUGUGGUGGACCAACAGA